CCCAAACCUAACCCUAAGCCUAUACAGGCAUUUCUCGUCUCAUUCUUUUGUUUUUCCGAAUAUGGGUAAACCUCACCCGCUUCAUUGCAUCCUGCCCUUCUCACCUAACAAUAUGUUGUAGAAAUUCCUCUUAGCCUCGCUGGUAAAGAUCUAGCACUUUUUUUAAAUAGAUGUAUUAUAUUUUAGAGAGUUUUAAAGUCCAGCUUUAUAGUUGGUGAGCAGUUACAAAGUUUUUUAUGUUCUGGUUUUUGAUGCUUUAUUGCUGCAAUAAAGCAUGUUUAUCUUAUACAUUCUUAUAUAAUGAUGUCUUAUUACACAGUGAGAUUCUUGGAAGAGAGAUUGUAAAUCGAAAGGAUGGGAGUGGUGAGCAGCAAAAGGCAGGUCAAGGAGAAGGGUAGGAGUGGAUGGAGCCCUGUGAAGACCAGCACUCAGAGCAAAGAGCCCCCACCACUGCCAUCCCUGGUUGUGUUUAACCACCUGGCUCCCCCACCUCCUGACACCACGCACCCAGAUCAAGAGAAUCACUUCGUGGUGGCCCUGUAUGACUAUAAGGCCAUGAACGACCGGGACCUGCAGAUGCUGAAGGGGGAGAAGCUGCAGAUCCUGAAGGAAACUGGAGACUGGUGGUUGGCCAAGUCUCUCAUCACAGGAAGAGAAGGCUACGUGCCCAGCAACUUUGUGGCCCGGGUAGAGACCCUGGAAGUGGAAAAGUGGUUCUUUAGAUCAAUUUGCCGGAGAGAUGCCGAGAGGCAGCUUCUGGCUCCAGUCAAUAAGGCUGGUGCCUUUCUUAUUAGAGAGAGUGAAACCAGCAAAGGUGCCUUUUCUCUGUCUGUGAAGGAUGUGACCACGCAGGGGGAGGUGAUCAAACACUAUAAGAUCCGCUCCCUGGAUGAAGGCGGCUAUUACAUCUCCCCCCGGAGUGCCUUCCCCACUCUGCAGGCUCUGGUGCAGCACUAUUCUAAGAAAGGGGACGGAUUGUGCCAAAGGCUGACCCACCCCUGUGUGAGCCUGGCUCCCCAGAAUCCCUGGGGCCAGGAUGAAUGGGAAAUCCCCCGGCAGUCUCUCAAGCUGGUCAGGAAGCUUGGAUCCGGGCAGUUUGGUGAAGUCUGGAUGGGUUAUUAUAAAAACAACAUCAAGGUGGCCAUCAAGACCUUGAAGGAGGGAACCAUGUCUCCGGAGGCCUUCCUGGGCGAGGCCAACCUGAUGAAAACUCUCCAGCAUGAGAGGCUGGUCCGUCUCUAUGCUGUGGUCACCAAGGAGCCCAUCUACAUCGUGACGGAAUAUAUGGCCAGAGGCUGCCUGCUGGAUUUCCUGAAGACGGAUGAAGGUAGCCAACUGUCCCUCUCAAGGCUGAUUGACAUGUCGGCCCAGAUUGCAGAAGGAAUGGCGUACAUCGAGCAGAUGAAUUCAAUCCACCGGGACCUGAGAGCGGCCAAUAUCCUGGUGUCUGAGGCCUUGUGCUGCAAAAUUGGUGACUUUGGCUUGGCCCGGAUCAUUGACAAUGAAUACACCGCCCAGGAGGGGGCCAAGUUCCCCAUUAAGUGGACUGCCCCAGAGGCCAUCCAUUUUGGGGUGUUCACCAUCAAAGCGGACGUGUGGUCAUUUGGAAUCCUCCUGAUGGAAAUUGUCACUUAUGGGCGUGUGCCCUACCCAGGGAUGAGCAACCCCGAGGUCAUCCGCAACCUGGAGCGCGGCUACCGCAUGCCCCGCCCAGACUCGUGCCCGCCUGAGCUGUACAACGGCAUCAUCGCCGAGUGCUGGCGCAGCCGGCCGGAGGAGCGGCCCACCUUCGAGUUCCUGCAGUCAGUGCUCGAGGACUUCCACACGGCCACAGAGGACCAGUACGAGCUGCAGCCCUAGGCCCGCGUGCAAAACUGUCUGGCCUCAGCCCCAGAUGCACCGAAAGGCGGGGAGCUGUCCGCACGCCCAUUUCUCAGAUGAGGAAACUAGAGGCAGCUGGGUCACGGCCUGGACUUUGGAGCAGGAUCCAAUCGCAGCGCCACACCUCUCCGGCUGAGGGCCCCUAGGCGACUUAGCCUCUUAGCGCCUCUUCACACUGGCAGAAAGGGGAUGAACCACAAUAGAACCUACCUCGCAUGUUCCUCACGAGGAUGACCCGGUGACGAGGAUGACACACUCCUCGGUGUCCGUCAUCACGUCACAGAAGGCUCCCUGUGCUGGCACCAGAAACGAGGAGUCGGCCACCGGCGACCUGAGUCCAGCGACUCUCACCUGACACAGACUGCGCUCAGCACUUUGGGACUUUUCGGAAAUAAAGUCGCGAGACCUGAA